GUAAAACAUCUAGGUUACAUGGUAAAAUCAGAACCACGCGUACUAUUUUCUUAUUUCCUAGUUCCAUAGGCUCAAGCAAGUCAUCUUCAAUCUCAAAGGUGUAAUUUGGUUCAACAACAAUGUCAAGGGCUAAUGAUUCUUGUCCUUUGGUAAAGAACAUUCUUCUUCUAGACUCUGAAGGGAAACGUGUGGCUGUCAAGUAUUACUCGGAUGAUUGGACAACUAAUGCUGCCAAGUUAGCUUUUGAAAAAUAUGUCUUCACGAAGACCGCUAAAACCAAUGCUCGCACAGAAGCAGAGAUCACGCUGUUGGAGAAUAACAUUGUUGUCUAUAAGUUUGCCCAGGACCUUCACUUCUUUGUUACCGGAGGUGAAGAUGAAAACGAGCUCAUCUUAUCAUCUGUUCUACAAGGCUUUUUUGAUGCUGUUGCAUUACUUUUCAGGAACAAUGUUGAAAAGAUGGAAGCCCUUGAAAACUUGGAUCUCAUCUUUUUGUGCCUUGAUGAGAUGGUUGAUCAGGGGAUGGUAUUGGAAACAGAUGCCAAUGUCAUUGCGGGAAAAGUAGCAAUGCAGAGCGCAGAAGCAAGUGGUUCACUCUCUGAACAGACAUUAACUCAAGCAUUCGCAACGGCGCGAGAGCACCUGGCAAGAAGUCUUUUAACAUGAUUUUCAUCGUGGAAGCAAAAUGAUCUUUAAUCAUGAGCUUUAAUAGCCAUAUCUGAAAUUGUUGCUGUUCACUAGAGAUGAGUGCAUGUUUACUCAAGUAUCUUUUAACUGAUUUUCUUACAAAUCGUUUACUUAUAUUGUUUUCUUCUUGCAUUUGGAUCUAUUAUUUUUGUUGUUGGUCAAUACUUCCAUAUUAUAUUUUAUUCUUCUUGAGAA